AGACUGGGGGGGUGUUCCAACACCCUGGAUUUACAACCAUUUCAAGGAUAUUUUAGCACAAACGGGACAUUUUUGUGUGAUUUCUACACAUUAAAAUCGGAGUCGACUAUCAUCCGGAAAGCUUGAGGACCACAUGAUUCAUCGCCUGCUUUAACUGUUACCUGAGUGGCUGACGACUCAAGGUACAAACAAUGGAUCCAAACUUAUUUGGAGGAGUCCCCAGGUUUCUCACCCGUCCAAAGGCGUCGUUCUCGGUGUGUGUAGGCAAGGACGCCACGCUGAGCUGCACCAUCGUGGGCAGCCCGACCCCGCUGAUCACCUGGGAAAAGGAGAAGCUGAAGCUGACAUCUGGGGGACGCUUUAAGACUGUGGAGGAUGGAAAUGUGUACCGCCUAACCAUCUAUGACUUAACACUGGAGGACAGUGGCCAGUACAUGUGCCGGGCCAAAAACAAUGUUGGGGAAGCUUAUGCCGCCGUAACCCUUAAAGUGGCUCUGCCAACAGAGAUGGCCCAGAGGGCUCCUGGUUUCCUAGUUAAGCCGACCUCUGCACGUGUAGUCUUGGGAGAUGAUGUUGUUUUCCUCUGCCGGGUUUCAGCUCACCCUGAAGUCAACUUUGAUUGGGAGAAAGAUGGGCGCUACAUAGGGGAGAGUAACCGUAUCAAGAUUGUUUCUGACAACGACAGCAGCACCCUAAGGAUCCAAAGUGUACGUAACCUAGACGGCGGCACCUACACCUGCAGGGCCCAGAACACUGUUGGUCGUGCACAUGUUUCAGCAGCUCUUGCUGUGGAUGCUCAGGAUUCCCGCCACCUGGCCGCAGACAAAAACACCUCCCUUCUUUCUCACCUACAAAAGCGCAAAGAGGAGAUGAAGAAGGACAUCUCAAUCUAUCGCACAGAGGAAAGCAGCUCCACAGUUUCUUCAUCCUCCACAACAAGCAUCAGAGAUGGUUUGAGUAUGGAACAUGAGCUGAGGGCAUCCGCACUGGCAAAGCUGCCCAAAGGUGUGUUUACUCGUACCUGCACAGUGACUGAGGGCAAGCAUGCCAAACUUAGCUGCUUUGUGACAGGUCACCCUAAACCCCACAUUAUCUGGAGAAAGGAUGGAUCAAACAUCAGUGAGGGCCGCAGGCAUGUCAUUUAUGAGGACCAAGCUGAGAACUUCAUCCUCAAGAUCCUGUACUGCAAGCAGACUGAUAAUGGUCUCUACACCUGCAAUGCCACCAAUAUGGCUGGGCAGACCUACAGUGCUGUGUUGGUAACAGUCAAAGAGCCGAAGGUUCCUUUCAGAAGGAAGCUGCAGGAUGUGGAGGUACAAGAGAAAGCUUCAGCUACACUGCUGUGUGAGGUACCUGUUAGUUCCACCCUGGCCAACUGGUUCAUGGAGGAAACGCGGCUGGAGCAGAGUAUCAAAUAUAACAUGGCGCAGGAAGGCACUCUGCGUCGUCUCACCAUACACAACGUCACCACAAAUGAUGACGGUGUUUAUAUCUGCGAGAUGAAGGAGGGCAGUCGCACUGUGGCUGAGCUAACUGUCCUGGGCAACAUCACGAAGAAGCUUCCCCGAAGGACAGUGGUUCCCGUCAGUGAUACCGUCAUCUUCUGUGUGGAGCUUGAGCAUCCCUGCAAGGACGCCUACUGGACCCGCAACGGCGAAAAGCUCAAGGAAGAUUCACGAAUUUCCAUUGCCUGUGUGCUCAGACAGUACACACUAACCAUUAGAGAUUGCCAGGCAGAUGACUCAGGAGAAGUGGCCUUUGUGGCUGGAGACUGCAAGACUUCCACUCGAUUCUCUGUCACUGCUGCAAGAAAGCAUCCUCCCGAUCCCCCAGUCGAUGCCGUGGUGCAGAACAAGACUGACUCAUCCAUCACGCUUCAGUGGUCUCCUCCUGACAGUGACCGCCCUGUACCCAUCAAGGGCUACAUUGUGGAGAGGAGGAAGGUUGGCACUCAGACAUGGCAGAGAUGCAGUGCUGGAGAAAGCCUUGUUUCAACGGAGAUCACCAUCAGCAAGUUCACAGAAGAAGCAAGCUACCAAUUCCGUAUCUCCGCUAUGAAUGACUUUGGCCAGAGUGCUUACCUGGAGGUGCCUGGAAGCUUCUACUUGGAACCCAGUGCUGAAAUCAGGAAAGGCUUGAUGAACAGCACUGCAAUCAAUGGAGAGGAGUUCUCCAUCUCCGUGGAGCUGUCCGCUGUUUGUUCUGGAUUCUGGUCUCUAAACGGCCGUCUCCUGCGCAGCGGAGGCGACUACCUCAUCACCAGAUCCAAAAACACACACACUCUGCUCAUCCGUGUCGUGACCGUGGAAAUGAAUGGAGCUGAAGUCAAGUUUGUGGGUGGAGGCUCGCAAAGCAGUUGCAUCCUGUCUGUGAAAGCUCCUUCUGUUAGGUUCACUAACAAGUUAGCUCAGCUCGGGAUGGUAACCUGCAGUGCCCAAGAAACUGCUCAACUGACUGCUGAGGUGUCGGAUUAUGAUACACAGGUGGUUUGGAUGAAGAAUGGGCGAGAGCUGAAAAUGGGAAAGAAGUAUGAAUAUCUGACUGUAGACCGUAAGAGGACUCUGAUGGUGCACAAUGUUACAGAGGAAGACGUGGGCAUCUACGAGUGUGUUUUAGCUGAUGACAAAAUGUCCCUGCAACUUGCUCUUAAAGACGAACCUGCCAAGUUUCUGAACAAAGCCCGAGGUCCCAUGGGAUUGACAUCUUCCCUUAAAGGAGAUCUGGAGCUGAGCUGUGAGGUUUCUCCAGCCAGUGCUGCUGUUGUGUGGAAAAAGGAUCAGGUGGAGAUCACUGAGGACCAAAGAACUUGCAUCGUCUCCAAAGGGACGCAAAGGAAACUCAUCAUCAAGGCAGCCAAGAAAAGUGAUGAGGGACAUUACUCCUGUGAGACAGCAGCCGAUAAAGUCACAUUCCAGGUCAAGAUAAAAGAAACUCAAGCUGUAGCUGCCUUCUCAAACAAAGAGUCUGUCCAGAAGGAGGUGAAAGCAACUCUCUCCCGGAAAGCCACUCUGAGCUGCAACGUUUCGGAUAGUAAGACAGAGGUGAAAUGGUAUAAAGACAGCAAGUUGUUGAUAUCCAGCAAGGUGAUGUACUCAGAAACAAAAGGCAAUACUCGUCAGCUGGUGAUUGAAAAGGUGGAGAAGAGCGAUGCUGGAGAGUAUACAUGUGAAGCUGGAGGGGAUAAGCUGGUCUUCAAGAUAGUCGUGUCAGAGGCCCAGUCAGCUUUCUCUAACAAGGAGUCUGUCCAGAAAGAGGUGAAAGCCACCCUCUCAAAGAAAGCCACGAUGAGCUGUGAGGUAGCUGAUGCAAAGACAGAGGUAAAAUGGUACAAGGACGGCAAGCUGCUUACUUCAAGUAAGACCAUCCACACUGAGUCUCAAGGCAAGAGUCGUCAACUUGUGAUUGGCAGCGUAGAGAAGAAAGAUGCUGGAGAGUACAUCUGUGAGGUGGGAACUGAGAAGCUCGCUUUUAGGAUGAAUGUUACAGAGGCCCAGUCUGCCUUCUCUAACAAGGAGUCUGUCCAGAAAGAGGUGAAAGCCACCCUCUCAAAGAAAGCCACGAUGAGCUGUGAGGUAGCUGAUGCAAAGACAGAGGUAAAAUGGUACAAGGACGGCAAGCUGCUUACUUCAAGUAAGACCAUCCACACUGAGUCUCAAGGCAAGAGUCGUCAACUUGUGAUUGGCAGCGUAGAGAAGAAAGAUGCUGGAGAGUACAUCUGUGAGGUGGGAACUGAGAAGCUCGCUUUUAGGAUGAAUGUUACAGAGGCCCAGUCUGCCUUCUCUAACAAGGAAUCAGUAGAGAAGGAGGUGAAAGCCACUCUCGCCAAGAAUGCCACCCUGAGCUGUGAGGUAGCUGAUACCAAGACGGAGGUGAAAUGGUACAAGGAUGGCAAACUGCUCACUACCAGUAAGACAAUCCAUACUGAGACCAAAGGCAAGAGUCGCCAACUGGUGUUUGACAGCGUGGAGAAGAAAGAUGCUGGAGAGUACAUCUGUGAGGCUGGGACCGAGAAGCUCGCUUUCAGGAUGAAUGUGACAGAAAUCCAGUCAGCCUUCUUCAACAAGGAAUCAGUACGGAGGGAUGUGAAAGCCACUCUGUCUCAGAAAGCCUCUCUCAGCUGUGAGGUAGCUAAUACCAAAGCAGAGGUGAAAUGGUACAAGGAGGGCAAAAUGCUGACCACCAGUAAGACAAUCCAUACUGAGUCCAAAGGCAAGAGUCGUGAGCUGGUGAUCGACAGUGUGGAGAAGAAGGAUGCUGGAGAGUACAUCUGUGAGGCCGGGACUGAGAAGCUGGUCUUUAAAAUUCAAGUGGAAGAAAGCCAAGCCAAGUCAGCCCUAUCUAACAAGGAAUCGGUACAGAAGGAGGUGGAAGCCACACUCUCAAAGAAAGCCACUCUUAGCUGGGAGGUCUCUGAUUCCAAAGCAGAGGUGAAAUGGUACAAGGAUGGAAAGCUUCUCACGACUAGUAAGACAGUCCGUGCAGAGGCGAAAGGCAAGAGUCGUGAGCUGGUUAUUGACAGCGUAGAGAAGAAUGAUGCUGGAGAGUACAUCUGUGAGGCUGGGGUCGAGCAGUUGGCUUUUAAGAUUCAGGUGGCAGAAGCCCCAGCAGGCUUCUCCAACAAAGAGUCCGUCCAGAAGGAAGUGAAAGCCACUCUAUCCCAGAAAGCCACUCUGAGCUGUGAGGUUUCUGAUUCCAAGAUGGAGGUGAAGUGGUUCAAGGAUGGCAAACUGCUGACUUCUAGCAAAGCGGUCCACAUGGAAUCAAAGAGCAAGACUCGUGAACUGAUCAUAGAAAAAGUGGAGAAAAAAGAUGCUGGAGAGUACACAUGUGAGGCUGGCUCUGAGAAGCUUGCAUUCAAGCUGCAGAUGACAGAUGCAGCUGUCAAGUUCCAGAAGAAACUUGUCAAGGACACAUGUGUUGUCCAAGCAUGUGAGAACAUAGUUUUGACCACUGAGCUGACGUCAGAGAGUGGCAGUGUGAAGUGGUUUAGAGAUGGUGUAGAGCUCAAGGAGGACAGCAAGUAUGAAAUGAAAGAAGAAGGCCUUUCUCGUACCCUGAUAGUGAAAUCCACAGAAUCCAGGGACAGUGGAUCAUAUUCCUGUCAAACUGCUGAUGACAAACUGGAGUUUAAAGUUCAAGUUAAAGCUUUGAAGUUUGUCGUCCAAAUGAAACCUGCUGCAGUGGAGUUGGGCGGUACGCUUAGCCUUGUGUGUGAACUGAAUCAAGCGUCGGGGGAUGUUGUCUGGCGGUGUGAUGGUCGUGAGAUUAAACCUGGAGGCAGGCACUGUAUCAGGACAGAUGGUGCUAAGAGGGUGCUCACUGUGACUGGCAUGACCAAACAAGAUGAAGGAGAAUAUUGCUGUGAAUGCAGAAGUGACAAAACCUCCGCAAAAAUCACCUCAAAGGCACCCAGAGUUGUGAGGCUCACCAACAAAUUGAACAAUGUGGCUGCAAUGGAGGGAAAGGAUGCCAUCUUCAAGUGCGCAGUCAACCCGGCUGAUGUCAACGUUAAAUGGUUCCACAACAGUUUACCUGUCACUGCUGGGCCAAAGUAUAAGAUUGAGCAAGGUGGGGGCAGUCACUCACUCACCGUCACCUCUGUUACCCAAAAAGAUGCUGGAGAGAUAAGCGUUGACGCAGAGGGCAAAAUCUGCCAAGCUACUCUGCAAGUGCAACAUGAGCCUGUGACCUUUAAGAAAAAGCUAGAAAACAUGACAGUGGAGGAGCAGAGUGAAGUCAAGCUGGAGGUGGAGCUCAGUAAGCCGUCAGAUGAAGUGAGGUGGAUGAAGAAUAGCGUAGUAGUGCAGCCUGCAGGAAACAUGGAGAUUCGCGUGAAUGGAGCUAAGCAGGCUCUGGUCUUUAAGAGUGUGACUCAUGCUGACCGAGGCAUCUACUCCUGUGAAACCCUGGAUGACAAAACCCAGACCAAACUCAGUGUGGAAAUGAAGAAGAUCAAGGUCAUCAAAGGCCUAACAGACACCAAGGCACAUGAAACAGAGACUGUAACUCUGGAGGUAGAACUCAACCAGGCCGAUGUUGAAGGCUCCUGGACUAGGGAUGGGGCCAAGUUAAAGUCAGGGGGAAACUGCCGAAUCACAGCUCUAGGAAAGAAGCAUGCCUUGACAUUUUCCAAUCUCAAGAAGGAUGAUGCAGGAACUAUUGUCUUCCAAGCUGAAGGAGUGCACAUUUCAAGCAAAUUGUUGGUCACAGAACCCCCGGCUAUGAUUUCAAACCCCAUAACCGACGUCAGUGUUCCUGAGAAGGAGAAGGUUACUUUUGAAUGUGAAGUGUCUAGAACAAAUGCAGAUGUUAAAUGGUUGAAGAACGACGUGGAACUCAAACCAGGGAAAAACAUUGGCAUCCAUUCCUUGGGCCGAAAGCGUUCUCUGGUCAUUAACAAAUGCACCCCUGAAGAUGCAGGCACCUACAUCUGUCGCACCAGUGAUGACAACACCUCUGCCAAACUCACCGUUCAUGCUAGAGACGUUAAGAUUGUUAAGAAGCUGGAGGAUGUGGAGGUGAUGGAGAAGGAGAGUGCUGCUUUUGUCUGUGAAAUCUCACAUGAUGAAGUAGAAUGCCAGUGGUACAAAGGAAGUGCUAAACUCAAAGUUGGGGACAACAUCAAGAUGAGACAAGAGGGCAGAACCUAUGUACUGCUGUUUAAGUCCGUAACCCCAGAAGAUAUUGGUGAGAUAAAGUUCACAGCUGAAAAGACCUCUUCAACAGCUAAACUGAAAGUGAAAGAGCUGCCUGUGAAGUUUGUGAAGAAACUCAGGGAUAAGAUAGCGAUGUUUAAGCAUCGUGGUCAUCUUGAAUGCCAAGUGUCACGAGCCAGUGCAAAGGUGAAGUGGUACAAGAACAAGACUGAGAUCAAACACGGCAAGAAGUACGAGAUCAAGAGUGAAGAUGUGUACCGAAAACUCACCAUUAACGAUGUGGAUUCCGGGGAUGAAGAUACGUAUACCUGUGACGCCACUGAUGACAAGACAUCCUGUAAACUACUUGUGGAAGAGCAGUCCAUCAGCAUUAUAAGGGAGCUUAGUUCUGUAGAAGUGACAGAACCAUUUGCAGCUGUUUUCGAAGUUGAAAUCAGUAUGGAACUGGUAAAACCUCCAAUAUGGACUCUGAACGGAGUCCCCUUAAAGGAGAGCGUUGAUGUUGAAAUGGAGAAGGAGGGGACUCUGCAUCGUCUCACUUUGAAAAAGACCAAAGCAUCGAUGACAGGAACGGUGCAGUUUACAGCUGGGAAGAGCAAAUCCUCAGCCCAGCUCACGGUCAAAGAGCGUCCAUUGGAGAUUGCAGAGCCCAUCAAGGAUGUGAAGGCGAAGGAGAAAAGUUCAGCCAUACUCUCCUGCAAGUUCUCUGCCUCACCCAAAGAGGUUAGGUGGUUCAAAGACCAGGUACCUCUGGCAUCAUCAGAUAAGUAUAACAUGAAGCAAGAUGCUACAAGGGCCCAGCUUACCAUUCAAAGGCUGACUGAGGAAGACAGUGGACAGUACAGCUGUCAGUCUGGACCUGCUGAGAGCAAAGGCACACUCACUGUGGAAGUGCGUGAAAUCAAGAUCAGCAAACACUUGGCUGACACAGAGGUUGAUGAAGACAGUGAUGCAGUGUUCACAUGUGAGAUAAACUAUGCAGACGAAGAGGUACAGUGGCUUCUGAAUGACAAGGUGCUCUUUACUAAUGAAGUGAACACUAUCAGUCAUGAUGGGAAGCUUCACAAACUCACCCUGAAGAACUUAGCGCCUCAGGACGGUGGAACAAUCACCUUCCAAGUCCGUAAGGUGAAAGAAUCAGUGACACUUAAAGUUAAAGAGAAGCGUGCUGUGUUCCUCAAGUCUCUAGAUGAUGUCAUUGGAGAGGAGAAAGGCAUGAUAACUCUGGCAUGUGAGGCAUCCAAGCCCAGGGUCUCACCCACAUGGAGAAAAGAAGGUAAAGUCUUGAAGGCUGGACCAAAAUAUGAGCUGCUUCACACAGGCAAGUCUUUGGGACUGAUCAUCAAGGAUGUCACCAAAGAAGACGCUGGGGAGUAUACCUGUGAUCUUGGAACUGAGGUUUCUAAAUCAAAGGUCACUGUUAGAGAGAUUGGCAUUGGAAUAACCAAAUGGCUGAAGUCUGCUGAGGUGAAUGAGGGAGAGGCCUGUAGCUUCGAGUGCAUCUUAUCUCGUGAAAGCACUGAUGAGUGUUCCUGGACUCUUAAUGGCAAAACUAUUAAAAAUGGCGAUCGCUUCAAAAUCACAAGCAAAGGACGCAAGUACAUGCUGACCAUACAGGAUGUUACUGCUGCUGAUGCCGGAGAGGUGGCCUUCAACCUUAAAGACCUGAGCUCCAAAACAACAUUAACAGUUGAAAGCAAAGCCUCAUCGGUGUCCAGAGCACUGCAAAAUGUGAGUGCUGUUCAAGGGGAGGAUGCAGUGUUUGUCUGUGAGGUAACACAGGCUAGUUCCACUGUAAAGUGGUCCAAGGAAGGCAAAGCCAUCAAAAAGAGCCAGAAGUAUGAGAUAAGCCAAGAGCACAAGGUCAUGCAACUGAUCAUCCAUAGUGUCUCUGCUCAAGACUCUGGAGAGUACAGUUGUGAAGUAAUUGGAGGGGCAACCACUAAAGCCAAACUUGAAAUCAAGGAGCCAAGCCACAAGUUCACUAAGGUGCUGAAGGACAGCCAAGCAGAGGAGAAGAGCUGUGUGACCUUGCAAUGCGAAACUGCACAAACUCCAUCCACUGUGGUAUGGCUGAAAGGUCACACAGAGCUCAAGGCUGGAGGUCGAUAUGAGAUGUCCCAGAAAGAGGGCGUCUUAACACUCACCAUCAAACACCUGGAGGAGAAAGACACUGAUAUCUACACGUGUGACGUGGGCACUGCCAAGAGCAUGGCAAAGCUGACAGUCAAUGCCCUGCCGGCCAGUUUUAUUGAAAACCUCAAGAACCAGGAGAAAAACGAAGGGGAGUCUGUGACUCUUUGCUGCAAGAUAUCUAAACCGUCCUCCAACAUUCAGUGGAAGAAAGGCUCUGAAAUUCUUACAGCUGGAGAGAAGUAUAGGAUAAAGCAGAGAGAGUCCUCCUGUGAGCUUCAGAUGAAGAACUUGAAGGUCGACGAUGGUGGGGAAUAUUUUUGCAUUUGUGGCGACCAGAAAACAUCUGCAACUUUGAAAGUCAAUGCGCUACCGCCAACUUUCAUACGGAAACUGGAGAGCCAGGACGCUGAAGAGGGAGCCAGCAUUACUCUGCGUUGUGACAUCUCUAAACCCGGUGUCCCUGUGGAGUGGAAGAAGGGAACAGAGGUCCUGAAGUCUGGAGAAAAACACCAGAUAAAGCAGAAGGAAUCUGUGAAUGAACUCCUGAUUAACAAAGUGGUGCCAGAAGACAGUGGAGACUACAUCUGUGUGUGUGGAGACCAAGAGACCACAGCUAGCCUUAAAGUCAAGGCCCAACCAGUGACCUUCAAACAGAAGCUGGAGAGUCAGGAGGCUGAGGAGGGAGCCAGCAUUACUCUGCGUUGUGAGCUCUCUAAACCUGGAGUCUCCGUGGAGUGGAAGAAGGGCACACAGGUCCUGAAGUCUGGAGAAAAACAUCAAAUGAAGCAACAGGCCUCGAUAAAUGAACUCCUGAUCAGCAAAGUGGUGCCUGACGACAGUGGAGACUACAGCUGUGUGUGUGGAGACCAGAAGACUACAGCUAGCCUUAAAGUCAAGGCCCAACCAGUGACCUUCAAACAGAAGCUGGAGAGUCAGGAGGCUGAGGAAGGAGCCAGCAUUACUCUGCGUUGUGAGCUCUCUAAACCUGGAGUCUCCGUGGAGUGGAAGAAGGGGACACAGGUCCUGAAGUCUGGAGAAAAAUAUCAAAUGAAGCAACAGGCCUCUAUGAAUGAACUCCUGAUCAGCAAAGUGGUGCCAGACGACAGUGGAGACUACAGCUGUGUUUAUGGAGACCAGAAGACUACAAGUAGCCUUAAAGUCAAGGCCCAACCAGUGACCUUCAAACAGAAGCUGGAGAGUCAGGAGGCUGAGGAGGGAGCCAGCGUUACUCUGCGUUGUGAGCUCUCUAAACCUGGAGUCUCCGUGGAGUGGAAGAAGGGCACACAGGUCCUGAAGUCUGGAGAAAAAUAUCAGAUGAAGCAACAGGCCUCUAUGAAUGAACUCCUGAUCAGCAAAGUGGUGCCAGACGACAGUGGAGACUACAGCUGUGUGUGUGGAGACCAGAAGACUACAGCUAGCCUUAAAGUCAAGGCCCAACCAGUGACCUUCAAACAGAAGCUGGAGAGUCAGGAGGCUGAGGAGGGAGCCAGCAUUACUCUGCGUUGUGAGCUCUCUAAACCUGGAGUCUCCGUGGAGUGGAAGAAGGGCACACAGGUCCUGAAGUCUGGAGAAAAAUAUCAGAUGAAGCAACAGGCCUCUAUGAAUGAACUCCUGAUCAGCAAAGUGGUGCCAGACGACAGUGGAGACUACAGCUGUGUUUAUGGAGACCAGAAGACUACAGCUAGCCUUAAAGUCAAGGCCCAACCAGUGACCUUCAAACAGAAGCUGGAGAGUCAGGAGGCUGAGGAAGGAGCCAGCAUUACUCUGCAUUGUGAGCUCUCUAAACCUGGAGUCUCCGUGGAGUGGAAGAAGGGGACACAGGUCCUGAAGUCUGGAGAAAAAUAUCAGAUGAAGCAACAGGCCUCUAUGAAUGAACUCCUGAUCAGCAAAGUGGUGCCAGACGACAGUGGAGACUACAGCUGUGUGUGUGGAGACCAGAAGACUACAGCUAGCCUUAAAGUCAAGGCCCAACCAGUGACCUUCAAACAGAAGCUGGAGAGUCAGGAGGCAGAGGAAGGAGCCAGCAUUACUCUGCGUUGUGAGCUCUCUAAACCUGGAGUCUCCGUGGAGUGGAAGAAGGGGACACAGGUCCUGAAGUCUGGAGAAAAAUAUCAAAUGAAGCAACAGGCCUCUAUGAAUGAACUCCUGAUCAGCAAAGUGGUGCCAGACGACAGUGGAGACUACAGCUGUAUUUAUGGAGACCAGAAGACUACAGCUAGCCUUAAAGUCAAGGAGGUGGAGGUUUCCAUUGAAAAAUUCUUGGAGAGCUGCGUUGUGUACGAGGGUGAAGAUGUCCACUUCCAAUGUGUGGUCUCUCAUGAAGAGGCGCCCAUGGCCCAGUGGAAACUCCAGGAUGUCCCACUACAGAAUAAUGAAAUGAACCUGAUCAAGACCAAGGGCUGUGUGCACAGCCUCACUCUCCGAGGUGUCACUACAGCCGAUUCAGGAACAGUGACUUUCACAGUGGGUAACAAUACUUCCACUGCGUCUCUGACAAUCAGAGCCGCACCUGUACUGUUCAAGAAGGAGCUGGAAAGUCAAGAGGCCACUGAUGGAGACAAGGCCGUGCUGUCCUGUGAAACAUCCAAACCUGACUGCAAGGUGACCUGGCUCAAGGGCUCUACUGUGCUCACCCAUGGGGAGAAGUACAACAUAGAGCAGAAGGAUACCACGCACACACUGGUCAUACGCAAGCUGGAUGUGAAGGAUAGUGGAGAAUAUACCUGUGACACGGGGGACAAGAGAAGUGCUGCGUCCCUGACUGUGAAAGAACAUGUGCGCAUCAUCAAAGAACUCCGGGACAUUACUGUGGCCUCAGGGCAGGAUGCUGUCUUUGAGGUUGAGUUGUCACACUCAGGUGUGACAAACUGGGAGUGGUGGCUUGGAGACAACCUCCUCCAAAAUAAUGACCUGAAUCAAAUGAGCAGCCAUGGCACAGUGCAGCGUUUGGCACUGAAGAUGGUAACCACGGAUGAAUCAGGCGAUGUUGCCUUCGUAAUGGGAGAAGAAAAGAGUGUGGCCUGUCUGCUGGUGGAGGAGAAACCCAAAGUGCUAAUACUAGAGAAGCCACACAACACUGUGGCAUUAGAGGGGGAAACUGUCACUCUGGCCUGCACCAUCUCCGACGCAAAGGCCACUGUCAGCUGGAUGAGAAACAACAUGGCCGUCCGAGCAGGUCUCAAGUACGACCUUAAGAACAAUGGAGCAUUCCACCAACUCCGUAUCCACAACCUGCAGCCUGAGGACUCAGGGACGUACACCUGUGACACAGGAGAUGCACAGUGUGAUGUCACCUUGACUGUGGAAGGUGCCCCAGCAUUUUUCCAUAAAGAGCUUAAGAACCAGGAUGCGGUAGAGGGUGAUGCUGUUACCCUGCACUGCGAGCUGUCUAAGCCUGGUGUUCGGGUUGAGUGGAGAAAAGGAGGCAUGGUCCUCCAGCCCAGUAAGAAGUAUGAGAUGAAGCAGGAAGGGUGCGUUGAAGAGCUUUGUAUACGGAACCUGGAGCCCGAAGACAGUGGCUACUAUACCUGCGAUGCAGGAGACCAGCUUACUACAGCUUCUUUGGCAGUGCAAGUUAAAGAAGUCGUCAUUGUGUGUGGUCUAAAGACCACCGAUGUCUUUGUUGGGGAAUGGGCCACCUUCUCAUGCCAGCUGUCUGGUAGGGCACCUGGCAAAGUGCAGUGGUGGCUUGAUGGCACCUUGAUGAAAAAUGGCCCCUCUUGUGAGAUAGGGCUGAGCCAGGGCCACAUCCACAACCUCAUAUUAAAGAACCUGGCCACAGAUGACUCUGGCACUGUCAUGUUCAAAGCUGGCAGUUUAACAUCAACAGCCAAGCUGUUAGUCAAAGAUCCCACAGUUGAAGUGGUGAACGAGAUGGAGGACCUUUGGGUGGUCGAAAACCAACCGGCUGAGUUCAUCUGCCAGUUCUCAAGGCCGGUCAAGGCUCAGUGGAAGAAAGACGGGCAGCCAUUGCAGCCUGACGGCCGAAGGGUGAUAGUGGAGCAGGACUGGAGUGUGGCUCGCUUGUACAUUAGCCUCGUGUCAGCUGAGGACAGGGGCACAUACUCCUGUGAGGCACAGGGGACCUGUGUGGUCGCUUCACUUCAUGUGGAAGCCAAACCCAUUGACAUUGUGCAGGGCCUGGAGAAUGCAGAGACCUUUGAUGGAGGUGAAGCGUUGUUUGAGUGUGCCCUCUCUCGUCCUGAGAGCAAAGAUUGUCGCUGGAUGCUUGAUGGGAAACCAGUGAAGGAAUCCCCUAAUGCAGAGAUUGUGACAUUUGAGAGUGGCCGCCGUCAUCUGCUUCUGCUUAAAGAAUUGCGAAUUAAAGAUAGUUGUACGGUGACCUUCAAAGCUGGUUCAGCAUCCACAUCUGCUCAGCUCUCUGUAAAAGGCUGGCAGUUGGAUGUUGUGAAGGGUCUGGAGGACAAGGUGGCUGCAGUGGGAGAGAAGGUUGAGUUUUGUGUUGAGCUCAACGAGCCGAUCCCUGUGGCCGAAGUAGCCUGGUACACUAAUGGAGUUGAGCUUAAGCCCAGUGACCUCUGGGCUAUGAGGGCUGACGGCUGUUCAUACCGCCUUGUCCUGAGAAAGGCACCUCUUUUGCCACAACAGGAAAUCACAUUUGCUGCUAGAGAUGCUCUCUCUUUGGCUAAGCUCACUAUCAUCACUAUACCCGACCCUCCCGAGGACCCAGAGGUCCUCAGUAAGACCAAACAGUCAGUUACUCUGUCUUGGUUCACACCUCUGCAUAAUGGAGGCAGUCCCAUUCUGGGCUACAGGGUUGAGAUGCGGCUCGUUGACAGUGCCCUUUGGCUGCCAUGUCAUUCUGAACCUGUGUGCAACACAGAGUUUGUGGUUGAAAAUCUAACCCCAGGGAGUGGCUACAGGUUUAGAGUGGCGGCAAUCAACAGAGGCGGGACUGGAGAGCCUGUUGAGUUGCCUCAGACUGUGCAGCUUGAGCCAGCCACACCGCCGAUCAUCAGCCCAAGUAUUGAGACUGAGAUACUGGGGCAACCAAAUCUGCCUCCAGAAGCUGCAGACGAAGGGGAUCUCCAUGAGCUGUGGGAGGAAUCUGCCAAGAAACGACGCAUGAGCAGAGAGCCUACCCUGGACUCUAUCUCAGAACAACCUGAGGAGGACGGUAAAGGUGGUCGAAAGAAAUCAGAACAGAAGGAUUUGAAGGAGCCCGAGAAAGUGGAAGUAAAGUCAGUCGAAAAGGUGCAGGCCAUUGUGCCGAAGAAGCAGAUAGAGUCCACCUUGAUCACCAGCUCUGAGGAUGAGUCUGUUUCAGGGGGUUCAACACUUGUGUCCUACCUCAAGAAAAGCAGCAAGACAUCUGUCACAGCGGUCAAUGAGUCAGAGACUAUGACCACUGAGAGGUUCUUUGCACACUUCCAGAUGGCGGAGCAGAGAACAGUUCAGCAGACUGAGGUUAAAGCAACCGCAGUUCAGGAGACAGAUAUUAAACAGGUGUCUUCAGAGGAGACUAACAUCAUAGAGAUCAGUAAAGAGGAUGAGCCUGAGCUUAGAGAGGCUGCCAUUAAGAUUCAAGCUGCAUUCAAGGGCUACAAAACCCGCAGAGAGAUGCGCCCUGUCUUUAAAGAUGUCUUCAAAGACCAGACCAAAGAACCCGGUGGCACCAUCCAUCUAGAAUGUAUGGCAGAAGGGAAACCUGAUAAGGUGCAGUGGCUGAAGGAUGGAGAACCACUGACUGAUGGAAAGCACCACCACAUUGAUAUCUACAAUGAUGGCACUUGCUCGCUUGUUAUCACUGCUAUCACUACAAAGGAUACUGGGGUUUAUACUUGUGAGGUCACCAACAAGUUUGGAGUCACUUCUCACAGUGGUAAGGUCACAGUAGGAACAGCGAGAGAAUCAUCUGGGCGCCGGCCACUGACAGUGGGCUACAGUGCAGACAGCGAGGCCGAGAGCUCCUCAGGUAGUGAGAUGGAUGAGUCUCUGAGGCAGGCAAGCAGACGUCUCCGGCGCCUGCUGCGCACACGUCUCCCACCAGAUGUUGAGGAGGAACCAUUUGUCAGUGCAGACGAAGGAGACUUGCGGACACCAGACCCUCACUCUUAUAGAGAGGAUGACACUUACAUCUACAUUCGCUUUGACUCGUGGGGAGAGGCAGAGGUUGCCUCAAAGAGGUUUGAGGAGAUGUUUACAAUCCAUGGGGUUCCUGUGGAGACCAACAUCCUUGAGGCGGGGCCUCUCAAAGUGGAGCUGAGAAUCAGAAAGAUGGGCUACACACAAGAUGGCACGCAGACCCCCACACAAGACAGACAGCCCCCUGCAUUGCUAACUGGAGGUGCAGCCGCCCCAGUCUUCUUAACAGAGUUACAAAGUCAGGAUGUUCCAGACGGGUAUCCCGUUAGCUUUGACUGCGUUGUGAUUGGAAAGCCCCCUCCAACUGUUCGCUGGUACAAGGAUGGCAAAUUGCUGGAGGAGAAUGACCAUUACAUGAUCAACGAAGAUCAGGAGGGCUGCCACCAACUUAUCAUUACCACUGUGCUGCCCACUGAUAUGGGCGUCUAUCGCUGCACCGCGGAAAACAGCAGCGGCAUCGCAGCCACAAAGGCUGAACUCAGGGUUGACAUGUCUUGCAGCUCUGAUUAUGACACUGCUGCUGAUGCCACUGAGACAUCUUCCUAUGUCAGUGCCAAGGGCUACAUGUCCAGGGAAACCGAGACAUUUGAGUCUGUCGCUGAAGACGAUCAGCUACCUCAAAUAGUGGAAGAGCUUCAUGAUGUUCAUGUGUGUCCCGGUUCACCUAUUGCUAAGAUGCAGCUAAAAGUAAAGGGCUUCCCCAAACCCAGAGUAUACUGGUUCAAAGAUAGCCACCCUCUGCGACCUUCCAAAAGGAUUAUGUUGCUGGCAGAGAGAGAUGUUCACGGUGUAGAGAUCCUGGAGGUGAAGAAAGAUGAUAUGGGGGAGUAUUCUGCUUACAUCAGCAAUGCAGCUGGUUCAGCUUACUCCUCGGCCCGGCUCAUGGUUCUGCGUCCUGGAGAGAUCAUGCCUCAAGAUAAAAGAGACCCCAAGGAGCCCUUGGUGCCACCCCGCUUUGUUGAAAGGUUCAGCAACAGGAAGGUGAAGCAAGGGGCUAGCAUUACCCUCUCUGUCAAAGUAGAAGGGUCUCCCACUCCAAUGGUGUCCUGGCUAAAGGAGGAAUCAAUGGAAGAUGUUCUGUGGAUCAAACCUGAGACAAAGGGAUACAAGAUAGCAAGCUCAGGGCGCCAGCAUAGCCUCAUCCUGAUGGAUGUGGGCACAGAAUACACCGGUGCCUACACCUGUAUCGCCACAAACAGGGCAGGACAGUCCAUCUUCACUGCCCACCUCGAGGUUGAGGACACACAACAACCAAAGAAAGAGACCAAACCCUCAGAGAUUCUUGGGAUAACAGUUAGUCCUCCAGAAGAGGAGACUAGCAGAGGAAAAGAGGGUAAAAUACCCUUCUUAGGUGAAGUAGGUACAGAGGAAUUCCUCAUGAAACUCACCUCCCAGAUCACUGAGAUGGUAUCAGCGAAGAUUACCCAAGACAGCUUACAGAAUCAUGAAGUGCUCCAGUGGAUGAAAUCUUGGCCCAAAACUACCACUUCCUUACGUGUGCCAGGCGCUGACAGUGAUGAUGAGACCAAGACCCCAACUGCUUCACCUCAUCACGGCCGCUCUCGUCCUCCCUCCCUCAUCGCUGACUCGUCCUCUGAGUCUGAUGAAGGAGAUGCACGGGGAGAGAUGUUCGACAUCUAUGUGGCGACAGCAGACUACAACCCAACCAUAGCAAGCAAAGAAUCCAUUUCUCUAAAGGAGGGACAGUAUGUGGAGGUUCUGGACUCAGCUCAUCCACUCAAAUGGUUAGUUCGGACCAAACCUACCAAAACUACACCAUCCCGCCAAGGCUGGGUCUCACCUGCCUACCUGGACAAGAAGCUCAAACUCUCAGCUGAUACAAGUGACCUUCCAGAGACGAGUGUAGAGGAAGUUACUGAGGGAGAAUACAAGAGGAAAUUAUUCCAACUGAUCCAAGACCUGAUAAACGGUGAAUCAGAGUUUGUGAAAGAGAUAGACUUCUUCACCUCCCAUCACCUGAAGCAUGCAGAGAACCCUGAUGCUCCUCCUGAUGUCAGCAGCCAGAAGGACACUAUAUUCAGGAACAUUGAUGAUAUCAAGUCCUUCCAUAGCAAGGCAUUCCUUCCAAAGCUAUCCGACUGUGACACUGACGAUGAUGUGGCCAUGUGCUUCCUAAAGAACAAGGAGGGCUUUGAGAAGUACCUCCAGUAUCUUGUUGGUCAGAGUCUGGCUGAAUCUUCUGUCAGUGAUAAAACUGUCCACCGCUUCUUCAAGGAGUACACUGAUAAAGUCCAAGCCAAUGCAGACCCUGCAGAUCCCCCUGUACGCAGCAUCAACGCCGGCCUCCAACAACCACUGGACAGGAUUCAGAAGUACAAGGCAAUCCUCAAGGAGCUCAUUCGAAACAAGGCAAAAAAUGGCCAGAACUGCUGCCUAUUGGAAGAAGCAUAUGCCAUGGUGUCUGCACUCCCUCAGCGCUCUGAGAAUACACACCAUGUGACCAUGAUCGAAAACUACCCUGCCACACUGGAAGUAUUGGGAGAGCCAAUUAGACAGGGACCCUUCCAAGUGUGGGAAGGGGCUCCAGGAAUCAGGUCAUCCUCUAGAGGUCACCACCGCCACCUAUUCCUAUUUAAGAACUACUGCAUCAUCUGCAAACCAAAGAGAGACAGCAACACUGACACACAAGCAUACGUCUUUAAGAACAUGAUGAAGUUAAAUAACAUUGAUGUGAAUGAGACGGUGGAGGGUGACGACCGAGCCUUUGAGAUCUGGCAUGAACGUGAGGACUCUGUGAGGAAAUACACCCUGCAGGCCCGGACUGUUACCAUCAAGAACUCGUGGCUGAGGGACUUCAGAGAGCUGCAGCAGCGAUACAGCAUGCCUGCAUGGAGUCCUCCUGACUUUGAUGAAAUUCUGGCAAACUGCACAGCUGAGCUGGGGCAGACUGUUAAGCUGGCCUGCAAAGCCACUGGAGUACCAAAACCUACAAUCACGUGGUACAAGGACGGACGCGCUGUGGAGGCGGAUCCUCAUCACAUUAUCAUCGAGGACCCUGAUGGUUCCUGCACACUGAUCCUGGAUAACAUGACAGCAGAUGAUUCUGGCCAGUACAUGUGCUUUGCCUCAAGCUCAGCCGGCAAUGCAAGCACUCUUGGCAAGAUCACAGUUCAGGUGCCUCCUCGUUUUGUGAAUAAAAUGAGGAAUGCUACAUUUGCUGCUGGCGAGGACGCCCAGUUUACCUGCGUCAUACAGAGCGCCCCAAGCCCCAAGAUCAGGUGGUUCAAGGACAGCAGGCUGCUGACUGACCAGGAAAAGUAUCAGACCUACAGCGAACUCCGGAGUGGGGUUCUGGUCUUGGUGAUAAAAAACCUGACAGAAAGAGACCUGGGACACUAUGAGUGUGAGUUGUCCAACCGCCUGGGAAGUGCCAAGUGUGCAGCUGAUUUACUUCUCCCCUCUGCUGUGGCUCGGACUGGUGAGCAGGCCAUCACUAUCGAAGUUACUGAGCAGGAGACAAGAAUACCAAAGAAAACCAUCAUAAUUGAGGAGACUAUAACCACUGUGGUGAAGAACCCACGGAUGAGGAGGCACAGGUCUCCUGGCUUGACUCUUGCUGGUGCCCAUCGCUCAGAGACAUCCACCCCAGAGCCUCCUGCAUCCAGGCAGAGGAGGAUGCCCACCACCAGAAAGACCACCAUCCCGACCGUAUAUGUUACUGAAGCACAGGGUGCUGAAGCCAGAGUCAUGGAGAGCAAGCCCCGGUGGGUGGAGGUCGAGGAGGUCAUCGAAUAUAAAGUCAGUAAGUCCCCUCGGCUGCCAAGGAGGAGAAACAUCUCACCUGCAGGGUCCGAUCGUUCAGCCACUCUGUCCAGAACAAAAAGGUAUCCCCCUGAAAACCCGAAUGCCAACAACUCAAACAACAAGCUGGUAGAGCAGGUGCAGGCCCAGCUGCAGGGAGACGUCAGCAGCCACCAGCUCUCCUGGGAAGACGAGGAGGGUCAUGUGACCUCUGACCCUGUCCCUGAAGAGCCACAUGAGCUCUCCUCAGUCCUCGCUGCUGAUGGAGAUGACAGCGAAGACCAGGAUGAUCAAGAGACUGUCAUCUUUGUUCCAGAUGAAGACGAUGAUGAUCAAUGCUCAACCAGAAAGCAGGAGUCUAAGAUGCUGACAAAAGGAGGACACGUUCUGACCCUUGAAGACUUGGAGGAUUAUGUUCCAGAGGAAGGAGAGACCUAUGGCUCCUCCAGCACCGACCUCCCUCCUGCUGAAAAGCCCUGUGAGAUCUCCGUGCUGCAGAGGGAGAUCGGCGGCUCCACGGUGGGACAGCCGGUGCUCCUCAAUGUCGGGAGGCCCGUCGCAGUCCAGAGGCAGAGGAGCGGCUUCUUUGGCCGCUUCAGGGAGCAUCUCUCCAGCAGCCUUUUCUCAGCUGCAGCCCCACAAGCCAGCGGAGUCCAGUCCAGGGUGGAAAGGCAUGUCCCCAUCCAGGUGAGCCACGCCAAGAUGGAGGUGAAGCCUUCAUAUUGCUCAGAGGUGCAGAGAGUCGAAGGGGGGAAGCAAAGCUUUAAAACCAAAGUGUCGACUCAGACCUACGGCUACACAUUGGUGGGAAACUCUGUCAAUAUUCAGAUAGGUCAAAAGAAAUAGUAGCUAAAUAUUUCAAUUUGGCACCACAAACCCUCUUAGUCUUAAAUAGGGACGUCUCUGCUUAGAAGAAUAACACAUAUCCUAACCUGACGUGUAGUUACUACAUUUGACAGACCAUUCCCUUUUGAAGCUGCACAUCAGAGAACUUCCUCUGAGUCUUUUCUUGAUCAGUCAGGUGGUCUUUGCAAACAAGGCUAGUAGGUAAUGUAGUUUAAACUUCCUCACUGUAGGCAAAUUAAGCCCCAACAAUUAACAGGUUUAUGACAUAUGCAGUCUGUCGUACUGAUCGACAAUCUCUACUUAUGAUUUUGAAUUCAAUUUCAAGACAUUUUUUUUUUUUUACAUACUCUUACCAAAGCAUACACCUUGAUCUGAGGAUAUGAAUUGAUCCAGGCGUUAGGUUUAGUGAUGAAUCGUUCAGCAUUGGUCAUGUACUGUAUUAAGGUACAUACAUUUAAUGCUUUUACUUUUAUACCUUUCAAAGAAUGUUGCCUAUGACACUGAUGCAGUGCCUUGGUUAACAGGAGCAUCAAUGCAGUUAAAGAAAUCAUGUCUACUUGUUAAGAGUUAAAUGAAGUGUGCAACACUGAUAAUGUCACAUUCACAGCAGACCUUUGGAGACCACUGUGGUCCUUGGACUGUUGCAAGUUUAUUCAAGGUGUAUGGUGUAACUAGAGUACCUUCCACAAAAUCAGACUCUACUACUGGUGUCAACUUGGUUUGUUGUGAAAGAUGCUUUGAGCAGCUUGUGAAAAAAAGUAGUAGUAGUAGAAAUGGAAACCAUUUUCACAUGAAAUAGCGCUACGCGAUGCAUUAACAUGAUUUAUUGUUGUGAAGCAAAAUAUCCUCCAUCGAUUGUGAAGUGAAUGUUUGCUUGUCUUUGACGUUACUCUGUCUGCUUAUGCAGUGAAUUUACAGAAUCUCAGAUAGAUUUACAUGUAAGUGAUAGAUGUUUAGAUGAGUGAUUGCAUGUGUUUGCUUCUCCAAAGCAGAUUUGUUUAUCCAGAGUAACCAGAUUUAUAUCGUAUUUAACCGCAAAUAAAUAUUUGUGCGAGUGACUGUACUCGAGCUGACACAAUGUACCGUACUACCUUUUCAAUGCAGUUGAAUAAGAAGCGUAUGAAUAAGUGCCCUUCGUUGGAGUUUGUGUUGUUUUACAGAGUCUGUUAGUUACAAGAAUCAUAUCAAGUAUGAAACAUGUAAGCACUAACACAUUGUAACUGCUUUUACUGUACAUGCGUAGUUUUUGGAAAUGUGUAUAAGUACUCAGUGUUAAAUCUGAAUCAAAUAAAUGUACUGCAAAAAAUAA